ACCCCGGCGCAUCGGGGAGUCCGGCCGCGGCUGGGCAUUCGCUCAGGAACCGUCCCGCCGCGAGAUGGAGCGGCCGGUCCCCCGCGCCACCAUUGCCUCGCACGGUAAGGAGGACCUGCGCGCCGUCGCCGCCCGGCUCUGGCAGCGGAGGAGGCGGCUGCUGGCCGCCGCCGGGCUCGCCCUGGCCAUGGCCGUCGCCCUGCUCGUCGCCGUGCCCCUGCUUCUAAUGCAGGCACCCGCCGAAAGCGGUGCCCACUACGAGAUGAUGGGCACCUGCCGCAUGAUCUGCGACCCGUACAGUGGCGGGCGACCGCCUGGUCCCGGCAGCACCGCCGCCGUGGAGGCCCUGCAGGACCUGGGCGCCAACCCCCAGCCGCCCUUCGUCCAGGGACCUAAGGGGGAGCCGGGCAGGCCGGGCAAGCCGGGCCCCCGCGGACCUCCCGGUGAGCCGGGCCCGCCGGGUCCGCGGGGCCCGCCGGGGGAGCGGGGCGACGCGGGGAAGCCGGGGCUGCCCGGGCUGGCGCUGGCGGGCGCCGGCGGCGGCGGGAGCGGCGGCGGGGCGGCGGCGGGCGGCGAGGCGGCGGGCGGGCUGAGCGCCGCCUUCAGCGGGCCGCGCAUCGCCUUCUACGUGGGGCUGAAGAGUCCCCACGAAGGCUACGAGGUCCUCAAGUUCGACGACGUGGUGACCAACUUGGGCAACCACUACGACCCGACCAGCGGCAAGUUCACCUGCCAGGUGCGCGGCAUCUACUUCUUCACCUACCACAUCCUCAUGCGCGGCGGCGACGGCACCAGCAUGUGGGCCGACCUCUGCAAGAACGGGCAGGUGCGGGCCAGUGCCAUUGCCCAGGAUGCGGACCAGAACUAUGACUACGCCAGCAACAGUGUGGUGCUGCACCUGGACUCGGGCGAUGAGGUGUAUGUCAAGCUGGAUGGAGGCAAAGCACAUGGAGGCAACAACAAUAAGUACAGCACUUUCUCUGGCUUUCUUUUAUACCCUGAUUAACAUAAACCAAGCAUCCCGAUGCAACUGGCCCUGCCACUGAUACAUGUAGGGCUGGCUGGUGUUUCUGUACCCUGUCAUGCCGCUGUUCCUGCUGGUGUCCACUGUCUCCACAGGUCACUUUAGCUUCAUUGUCAUUUUGUUGGGGUUUUUUGUUUGUUUUGUUUGGGUUUUUUUUUUUUUUUUUGUU